UGAAAGCAACACCAGCUUCACUUCCUGAUCUCAGCUCCCAAAUUAAAUCUGUCUUUUUGGCGGUUAAAGCCACUUGUUUAUAAACAAAAACAGCUUAAAUUCAGGAUUUUAAUAGGCUGCACGAGCUGAUCCGAGGACAGUGUGGACAAAAUGAAGGAAACGCUCGUGUGUUUCAGCAUCGUGUUUUUCAGCUCGCGGCUCAUAAUGGCUUCUGAUGUGAUCACCGUAAACUGUUCUGAGACAGUAAUCAUGGGGCAGUAUGGUUCCUCUGUGGUUCUCCCAUGUUGGCUCACCCCUGAGAUGAAUGCAGAAACUUUGGAGAUUCGUUGGUACCGCCCAGGGCAGUUCAAAAGUCCACUACUGUUGUACCAGAAUUCUAAAAUCAUUACAGACUACACAACGUACAAGAAUCGGAGCUCACUGACUCUGAGAAACCCUCAGUCUACCGGGCUGAAACAGGGAGACAUCUCCUUGUGGUUGGACAACCUUGGCUUGUCAGAUAUAGGGAUUUUUCACUGUUACGUAACUGGAGACAAAUCAUAUCAUGAAAAAACUGUGCAACUCAAUUUAACAGCUCUUGGCUCACCCCCUUUCCUUUCUCUGAAGAACCAUCAUGACUCUGUGAACCUCAGCUGUUCUUCCUGUGGCUGGUUUCCAAAACCGAGUCUUCUGUGGAAAUUUACUAAUGAAAAAGGAGAGACUCUUUCUGAUCCUCAAUCCCGCAUUUACAGUAGACAAGAGAACGGCCUGUUUUGCAUUUACAGCUGGGUCAUCCUGUCGUCCUCUCUCUCUAACUCGAUCUCCUGUUCUGUCAGUCUGUCAGAAGACAAGAAGAGAAAUGUGAGCAUGGAUUUAGGGGCCCGCCAAUCAGUUGACAAUAGUGUUGUGUGGAAGAUUCUUUUCACUCUGUUAUGUGUACUGGCCCUGAUCGGAAUUGGCCUCCUCCUCUACAGAAAAUAUAAACCAGGAUACAAGCCAGUUAGCACUGGUGAGCAACCAAAUGAAAUCAUGGUGGACUCGAGAAACGAUACAAGCUUGGAGGACUUGAGGAAAUCAGCAGUGACCAUCACAUUAGAUAAGGAGAACUGUAAUAAAGACUACCUAAGAUUUGCCCCUCAAGGUAAUACUGUGAGAGAUGUAGAGGAGGCUGCUAAUAAGUAUGAAGGACAUGGUUUUCCUUAUGAAUUAUGUGUACGUGGAAGAGAUGUAUUCCGCUCCGGUCGUUCAUACUGGGAAGUUGGAUUAAAAAUAACAAAUGUCCCACCCAAAAAGUCAUGGCUGAUUGGAGUCGCCAAAGAUUCAAAUCGCACAAGUGACAAAAAGAGUGAUUUUACGCCUUCAAACGGUUUUUGGUUUCUGUGCUCGGACCCAGUAAAAGGCCUCUGUGUUAACACUGAACCAGAAAUCUCAUUGCCGGAAAACACAACACCGGAGUGCAUUGGAGUUUUGCUAGAUUUUGACAAUAGCAAGCUUUCAUUUUACAAUGUGCAUCCUAAUGACUGUGCACAUCUCUUUACAAUGUUUAUCGAUUUCCAAGGGGGCAUUGUGCCUCUGUUUAAUCCAGGAAUAGGCGAAAAAGCUCCACUUAAAAUAAUUGACCUACAGAACAAAAUUCAAAAUGAGCCUGGAGGGAGUGCAAGUGCUCACGUCAGCAGUGCAAAUCAUGUAUAAAUUGCGCGUAACACUAAUAAAAGAAUGAUUGGGCCUUAUUUAUCAAGCUGGAUAUAAAUAGAUCAACAGGAUCAUUUACACAAGAAUUGCGGUUUUGUGAAAAUGCAGUUAGUUUGGAAAAACUUUUUCAGAGUUCCUGACUGUAAUGAACAGUUGGUGAAAAUGAGUCAUUUGCUAUCGAUCAUCUCAAAAUAUAUCCGUAACUUAACGACAAAUGUAGCGAGUUUUAUGGAGUUUUGCGUCCCAUGAAAUGUGGCUGGUAAUUUCGAGCUGAUUGGCAGUUAUCAACAAUGCACAUGAGUACAAAGACGAUCAGCAUUAACGAAAGUUUUGUAAAUUUUCAAUUCUGUUUGGCCUACAAAUAAUUUUUACACAACUUUACUGAAAGAUCGACUUUCUCUGACUAAAAUCUUAAGGGCUGUGCCAUUACAUUACAAGUAAAGCUUGUUAGAUCAUUGAUCAAAUUGAUGUCAAAGUAGCUUCUAGAACAAUUGUCCCAUGAGGCAUGGCUUCAAUCCUGACUCCAUUCCCUUUUCAAAUAAAAAUGGCUAAUGACAGGAAGCAUGUUUCUAACCGCACUCCAGUUUUAAACAAGAUCCAUUUUGUAAAACAUGUAAAGCAGUGAUGUGUUUUUUUUUUUUUUUUAAAUAAAUUGUACUUAUAAGAUUGGUUGGAAGGUCUGUAGGUUUUCAGACACGAGAAAGUUAACAAGACGGACGAGUGUUUUGUUUAGUUCCGUUAGAUGGUAAAAUUCAAGGUCACUUGAGUUCCUCCUUUUCAGUUCUAGGGAAAGGUAGUCUCAAGGGCACAUUUUUAAUUUUGUACCUCAUUCGAUGAAACAAAAGGUAUCAAACCAGCAGCUUAAUAAAACUGGCUCACAUAUCAAGCCAGAACGAACCUUUAGCACUAUGAAUGCCUUUUGAAGCCCUGCUCCCAUCAGUGUUGUUUUUAUAUUGAUCAUGAUGAGGACAUAAUGUUCAUUUUAGAGGUACUAAUCCUGAUGUAUUAUCUGAAAAUUUACAAUAAGAGUCUAGUGCAUUGAAACAGCACUGCUACAUAUUAAACUAUUGAAUAGUUUUGUAUUAUAUAGACAUGCUAAACUUAUAAAUGCACUAUAUAAAUGUGCCAUUUACCAUUUAAUUGCUCAAUGAAGUUUGUAGAGACACUAUUGCUAGUUUAUACAUAUUUAUUCAAUUAUGAUUAUGAUUUUACACAGCCAUGUGAAAAUGCUUUACCCUAAACGUAAGAAAACCACUUAAGACACUAUCAUUUUUGUCUUCAGUAAUUCAGCUUGGCUUAAUUUCCAUCUUCCACAAUUUGAUGUCGUAAUUGUCCAGUUGGAGCACGGUUAUCCAUUGUAACAUGGGCGGCAAAAUAUACAUGUUUACUUGCAUCUGCUCUGCAUUUCUGUGAUGGAUUGCUCAUCCAAAUUGUAGACACACACCUAUCUGCUUGUGUUUAAGACUGUAAUUUCCUCUGGUAUGUAAAUAAUUAUUUGGAAAUAAAACACUAAUCGUUUUUCUGAA